AUGUCAGAAGAAGAGGCUUCCAAAAAUGAAAAAUUUUCAGACAGAAUCCCGUCGCCCACUCCCCGAGAACUCACCAACACCGACGAUUUAACCCUGUUUGAACCGGUGUUGAAGAAGAACUUUGGUCUAAGAGCCAUCCUUGGUACUGCAUUCUCCUUAACCAACUCGUGGUUCGGUAUUUCCGCCAGUCUUUCUACGGGUAUUUCCUCCGGUGGUCCUCUUAUUAUUGUCUAUGGUAUUAUUGUCAUUGCUGUGGUUUCUACUUGUAUCGGUAUUACUCUUUCUGAAUUGGCCAGCGCGUAUCCGAAUGCUGGAGGUCAAUUUUAUUGGACUGUCAAGCUCGCUCCAAGAAAAUACUCCCGUUUCUUAUCAUAUUUAACUGGUUCCUUGGCUUGGGUCGGGUCAAUUUUCACUAGUGCAUCCGUCACCAUUUCUAUCGCUCAGUUCAUCGUCGGUUUCUGGGGGAUGACCCACCCUUCUUAUGAAUAUCAACGUUGGCAAGUGUUUGUAAUUUUCCAGAUCUUGAACUUCUUGAUUUUCUGGUUCAAUUAUUUCGGCAAAAUCUUGCCUGCUGUAUCGCAAGCAUCUUUUUACAUUUCACUUACUUCAUUUGUGGUCAUCUCCAUCACUGUUCUUGCUUGUUCUCUGGGUGAUUAUAACUCUAGCUCCUUUGUCUUCACCGACUUCUCUAAUGGCACUGGUUGGAAUAGUUUUGGGAUGGCUUUUAUUUUAGGUCUCAUCAAUCCAAACUGGUCUUUCUCUUGUUUAGAUUCCGCAACCCACAUGGCUGAGGAAGCUUUGCAACCGGAAAGAGUCAUUCCAAUCACCAUCAUGGCUACUGUGGCUAUUGGAUUUGUUACUUCCUUUUGUUACGUUAUUGCCAUGUUCUAUUCCAUUAAGAACCUUGACGCGGUGCUUGCCGAUGUGAAUUCUCCAAUUAUUCAAAUAUAUUACCAAUCCAUUGGUAACAAAGGUGGAGCAAUCUUUUUAGGGGUAUUACUUUUCGUCACUGGUGUCGGCUGUAAUGUUGCUUGUCAUACUUGGCAAGCCCGUCUUUGUUGGUCUUUUGCUAGAGAUGACGGUAUUCCAUUUUCCAAAUACUGGAAACGUAUCGAUCCAAAAAGUAAUCUUCCGGUCAACGCCCAUUUCAUGUCUACUGUGCUUUGUGCUCUUGUUGGUUGUCUUUAUUUAGCCAGUUACACCGCCUACAAUUCUCUUGUCGUUGGUUGUAUCACUUUCUUGUUGCUUAGUUACAUGAUCCCAGUUUGUUGUUUACUUUGGUACGGUCGUUCUAAUAUCAAACAUGGUCCAUUCUGGUUAGGCAAAAUCGGGUUUGUUUGUAAUGUAAUCACAAUAUUGUGGGCGUUAUUUGCCACUGUCAUCUAUUCUUUCCCAUUCACUUUACCUGCGGAGGCCUCCAACAUGAAUUAUAUGUCGGUGGUGCUUGUGUUUUUCACAUUAUAUUUCCUUAUUUAUUGGUGGGUCGAAGCUAAGGAAAAAUUCUGUAAAGAUAUUGAAAAAUACUACUAUGAUGAAAACGAAUAG